AUGACAGAAGGUGUCGCGAUGGGUGAGGUGGAUGAGGUCCAAGAUCGCGUGAUGGAGAUCGCCGCCCUGCUGAAAAAGAAGGCACCACAUCUGGCCCCCAGCGUUAUCCCGCGACCAUAUAAACACGCCGCCGCCAACAUUGUGACGCUGUGCUCGACGCCCAGGCAACGGGCAGACGCAGAAGCCUUCUUGGCGUCCAAAGCGGAGAGUGCUACCGUCGAUGACGUUGCGGCUGCGGGGGAGAGGGGUCGCGGGGAAGAGGGGCAGCAGAUCGAAUCGGAGGAUGCGGCGGAAGGCGGGAGACAUCAUGUCGUCCUCGAGACCGAGACCGACAUCGCGACCAGGACGUUUCGGAUUACUGCCGCCAAGCUCGGCGGAAGGAUAGACGCGACCUUGUCGGACCUCAACCUUCUGAUGGACCUGCACCUGAAUGCCCCCCGACAAGAGUUGGAGCCUUACGUUGAGCGCUUCGCGGCGGCGAACGAGCUGGAUCCCUCCACCGCCGCGCUGGCUUUGCACGGGGCCUGCAGCCUGGCGUACGCGCUCCAGGUGGCGACGAGCAGCAUUGCCGGCUGGAACGGAUUCGUUGGAAGCCACCCUCUUCCGCUGGCGGGUGACGUGGACAUGACGGUCGUCAUGAACGAGCUCUUCAGGCCCCCGCCAACCCCCCCCGCAUCUCCUCGCAGUCGCAGCAAGAGCAAAACCAAGGGGAAGAAAGGUGGCGCAAAGAAGAAAAAGGCCGCUGCUGCUGGUGGCGAGUCGGGGGCAGCGGGGGUAGAAGGAGUGGUUUCGGAGAAGGGGAAGACGGCGAAGAAAGGGUCGAAACGAAAGAAGCAGGGCUAA